AUGAGGAGGAUGGCUAUUUGCACACGCUCUCUGUUGCUUUUCGGGCUCGCGUUCGUUACCAUCAACGCCCAAGCAGUCGACCUUGGAACAGCUGCGCAAUUUGCAGUCCUCGGGGCUUCGGCCGUGACGAAUACUGGGGCGUCUGUCCUCAAUGGCGAUCUAGGAAUAUAUCCUGGAACUGCGCUCAGCGGCUUCCCACCAGGCGUCGUCAACGGCGACACACACAACGCCGAUGCAGUUGCCCAGACUGCCCAGAACGAUGCAACCGCUGCCUACAAUGUGGCUGCUGCCCUUCCUUACCCGGCGGGCAAUGAUCUGACCGGCCAGGAUCUCGGUGGUCAAACCCUUGUCCCUGGUGUCUACCACUAUGAUACUUCCGCCGGGCUCACCGGCACGUUGACUCUCGAUGGCCAAGGCAACCCCAACAGUGUUUUCGUCUUCCAGAUGGGAAGCACUCUUAUCACUGGCGCUGGUGCUACCGUCGCGUUGACCAAUGGCGCCCAGGCAUGCAACGUCUUCUGGCAGGUGGGCAGCUCAGCGACCCUAGCCGCCGGUACUUCCUUGGUCGGAAACGUCCUAGCACUGGCUUCGAUUUCUGUCGACUCGGGGGAGACAAACGCUGGCGGACUGUACGCCUUGACCGGUGCAGUGACCUUGAUCGGCGACACGAUCAAUGCUCAACCUCUCUGCGCCAAUAACCCGGCCGCUACUACCACCACCAGCAUUACAACAUCGACAGCCUUGCCUUCAACCACCACUCCAGUGGCUACCACUACGACCACGCCCAUCGCCACUACGACCACUCCGGUCACCACUACACCUGUGGCUACAACGACCGUGCCUACGACGACUGUGCCUACAACGACUGUGCCUGCAACCACUGUGCCUGCAACGACGGUGCCUACGACAACAGUGCCUACAACGACGGUGCCUGCAACAACGGUGCCUACGACAACGGUGCCUACAACGACGGUGCCUGCAACGACGGUGCCUACGACAACAGUGCCUACGACGACGGUGCCUACGACGACGGUGCCUACAACGACGGUACCUACCACGACGGUACCUACCACGACGGUGCCUACCACGACGCACCACUGUGCCUACAACGGCCUCUUCAACUAUCACAACAUCCUCCUUGACGACCACCUCCUUGUCUACUAUCUCCACCACGAGAACGUCCUCUUCUACUAUAUCCUCCACGACUAG